AUGGCUGACCGUGGUGCAAGCGCCCCCCGUGGCGGCGGUGGUUUCGGAUCCCGUGGCGGUGACCGUGGUCGUGGACGCGGCCGUGGUCGCGGACGUCGCGGCGGCAAGAGCGAGGAGAAGGAGUGGCAGCCCGUCACCAAGCUCGGUCGUCUCGUGAAGGCCGGCAAGAUCCAGUCCAUGGAGGAGAUCUACCUGCACUCCCUGCCCAUCAAGGAGUACCAGAUCGUCGACUUCUUCCUGCCCAAGCUCAAGGACGAGGUCAUGAAGAUCAAGCCCGUCCAGAAGCAGACCCGUGCCGGUCAGCGCACGCGCUUCAAGGCCAUCGUCCUCAUCGGUGACUCCGAGGGCCACGUCGGUCUCGGUAUCAAGACCUCCAAGGAAGUCGCUACCGCCAUCCGCGCUGCCAUCAUCAUCGCCAAGCUCAGCGUCAUCCCCGUCCGUCGCGGAUACUGGGGCACCAACCUCGGUACCCCCCACUCCCUGCCCACCAAGGAGUCCGGCAAGUGCGGUUCCGUCACCGUUCGUCUCAUUCCCGCCCCCCGCGGUACCGGCCUCGUUGCCUCCCCCGCCGUCAAGCGUCUCCUCCAGCUUGCUGGUGUCGAGGACGCCUACACCUCGUCCGCCGGUUCCACCAAGACGCUCGAGAACACCCUCAAGGCCACCUUCGUCGCCGUCUCCAACACCUACGGCUUCCUUACCCCCAACCUGUGGAAGGAGACCAAGCUCAUCAGAUCCCCUCUCGAGGAGUACGCGGACACCCUCCGCGAGGGCAAGAAGUACUAG